AUGAGCCCGACUCUCAGCAAUAUCAUAUCUUCUCUGCAGAAAAGUGGAACAUUUAUCAAUUCUUUGAUUGCGGCUUUGACUGUUGGUGGGCAACAACUUUUCUCCUCUUCCACAUUCAGAUGUCCCUGUCAAGUUGGGAAAAAUUUCUAUUAUGGUUCAGCUUUUCUUGUGGUUCCUGCCUUGAUCCUUCUGAUUGCCGGCUAUACUCUGAGAAGCCAAAUGUGGACUUUUACCAGUGAAUACUGCUGCAGCUGUGCCCUUCCACACCGGAGAAUCAGCCCCCUGGAGCGCAGGCUGGCUUGCCUUCGAUUCACUAGCAUUACUGGCAGGGCACUUGUGGCUCCAUUAACAUGGCUGGCGGUGACCCUGAUGAAAGGCACCUACUAUGAAUGUGCAGCAAGUGAGUUUGCAUCUGUUGACCAUUACCCAGUGUUUGAUAAUGUCACUGGCAGCAAACGAAAGGAGAUGCUAGCUGGAUUUCCAUGCUACAGUUCAGCUCCUCCUGACAUGAUCCUAAUAAAAGAUGAAAUAGCUCUUCUUCACCGAUACCAGUCACAAAUGCUGAGUUGGAUUUUGAUCACCUUGGCAACCAUCGCAGUCCUGGUCUCCCGCUGUCUGACAAGGUGCUGCUCUCCCCUCACCUCUCUGCAGCAUCACUACUGGACAAACCACCUCCAUAAUGAGGGAGAGCUCUUUAAACAAGCUGCAGAGGAGCACUCCCGGAUCCUCAUCAGGCAGCGCAUAAAGAAACUAUUUGGCUUUGUUCCUGGGAGUGAAGAUGUCAAACAAAUCCGUAUUCCUUCAUGUCAGGACUGGAGAGAUAUUUCAGUACCCAAUCUUCUAUGCAUGGGUGAUAACUCGCAAGGCCACUAUAGCUUUCUUGGAGACAGGGUGGUUGAGGAUAAUGAGGAAGACAAAUCAGGAGGUAUUGAAUUAAAACCUUGA